AUGGCAGAAAGAAUACUACAAGAUAUAGCUGAACAAAAGAAGCGUCUUACAAAAGCGCAAAUCAAUAAAAACACGGCAGAGAAAGCAGAUGCCUACUACAAUCUAGGCACUGCUUAUUACCUCCUCGAGGACUUCCAUCGAGCAAUAGAGUACCUCAAGCAAUACCUGAGCAUUGCUGAGGAAGUCGGUAACAGAGCAGGUGCAGGAUGUGCCUAUGGCAAUCUCGGCUGUGUUUACAGAUCCCUCGGUGACUCUCAAACAGCACUAGAGUACCAGAUGAAAAGCCUGAGCAUUGCCAAGGAAGUUGGUGACAGAGCAGGUGCAGGACGUGCCUAUUGCCAUCUUGGCUGGGCUUACCAAUCCCUCGGUGACUCCCAACGAGCAAUAGAGUACCACAACCAGCACAUCAGCAUUGCCAAGGAAAUUGGUGACAGGGCAGAAGAAGGAUGUGGUUAUGCCAGUCUCGGCGAUGCUUAUGAAUCCCUCAGCGAAUUCCAACGAGCAAUAGAGUACCACCAUCAACACCUCAGCAUUGCCAAGGAAGUUGGUAACAGGGCAUGUCAAGGCAAAGCCCUUGCCAAGCUCGGCUUUGCUUAUUGCAGCCUUAAUGAAUUCCAAAGAGCAAUAGAGUACAACAAUAAAUACCUCAUCAUUGCAAAUGAAGUUGGUGACAGGGCAGGGCAAGGGCAAGGCUAUGGCAUUCUCGGCCAUAUCUAUUUAGUUCUCGGCGAAUACCAACGAGCACUAGAGUACACCAACAAAAGCCUCAUCAUUGCCAAGGAAGAUGGUAACAGGGCAAUGGAAGGCCAAGCCUAUUCUGUUCUCGGCCCUACUUAUCUCAAACUUAAUGAGUUCGAACGAGCAAUGGAGUGCCACAAGAAACAGCUGAGCAUUGCCAAUGAAGUCGGUGACAGAAGAGGAAAAGGACAUGCCUAUUUAAACAUCGGCGAAGUUCAUAUUUCCCUCGGCGACGUGCCACGAGCAAUGGAGUACUACAAGCAAUCCCUGAGCAAUGCUGAGGAAAUCGGUGACAGGGAUGGACAAGGACAUGCCUAUUGCCACCUCGGAAGUUGUUAUGCACAUCUCCACGACUUCAAGGAAGCAAUAGAGUGUUACAAGCAACACCUGAGGAUUUCCGAGGAAAUCGGGGACAGGAAGGGAGAAGCGUGUGCCCAUGUCGGUCUGGGUCAAUCUUUUUUGCAUUCACAUUCCUUGAAUGAGGCUUUAGAACAUUUUAGAUGCAGUGUAAAAGUCUAUGACACCAUUAGAGCCAGUUCUAUCUCGGAAGAUGAAUUGAAAAUAAGUUUCCGUACGCAACAUCAAUUUGCCUAUACUCAUUUAUGGUACGUUUUAGUAAUGCUUGAAAGGAAUGAUGAGGCCUUAUACGCUGCUGAGAGGGGACGGGCACAGGCUUUGCUCGAUGCCUUAAAAGUAACUUAUGGCCUUACAUCACCUUCUCCCAGGUCAAUUGAAUCUGAAGAAGAAGUCAGAAAUAUUUCAAGGAAGACAACUGCUUUAACAGUUUUUCUGGCCCUUCAUUUGAAAACAGUCAAUAUCUGGGUGUUGGGAAAAGAGGGCAACCCUAUCUUUAGGCAAGCAGAGAUAGAAAUUGGUUGUGAACACGAAGAUUCCUUUACUCUCCUUUUAGACACUGUUUUGAAAAACAUGAGGGAUGGCGUCGGUAUUAGGUGCGAAAAUCGGUCAAUGGAUGAGCUGAGUGAUGACUCAACUCCCUCAAGUACUCGAGACGACAAUCAAACAUCGGAGCCAUCACAGGAGACCCCCGACUUUUUACAGCCAUUAUAUGAUGCGGUUCUUGGUCCCAUUGAAGACUUGCUUGAUGGUGAUGAACUAAUUGUAGUCCCCGAUGGUGCUUUGUGCUUAGCUCCCUGGGCAGCCUUAAGAGAAUCGUUAAGAAUUCGUAUGGUUCCCUCACUGAGAAGUUUGGAAGUCAUCACAGAUUCGCCAAGUGAAUACCACAGUAAAAGUGGAGCCUUAAUUGUCGGAGACCCAUGUUUGGAGAAAGUUACAAAUAAAUGGGGCAACCCCAUUUAUGGGCAGCUGAAGUACGCAAGAAUGGAAGUGGAGAUGAUUGGAGAAAUUCUAGAAAGUCAACCUUUAACAGGUAAAGAUGCAACCAAAGAAGCGGUACUUCAGAGAAUCGCGUCAGUUGGUUUGGUUCACAUCGCAGCCCACGGAAGGAAGGAGACUGGAGAAAUUGUUUUGGCUCCAAACCCCCGAUCGGGAUCCAAGCCUCCUACGGAGGAGGACUAUAUUUUGAAAAUGUCUGACAUACAAGCUGUUAGGCUGAGAGCGAGGCUAGUUGUGCUUAGUUGCGCCCACAGUGGUCAAGGAAAGGUAUCGUCUGAGGGUGUGGUCGGUAUGGCGCGUGCUUUUUUGUUUGCUGGUGCUCGUUCCGUGCUGGCGGCGCUUUGGGCAAUUGAUGACGAAGCCACAAUGAUGUUUAUGAAGUCUUUCUACCAACAACUUGGAAGUGGAGAAAGUGCAAGUGUUGCUCUUCAGAGGGCCAUGAAAUGUCUUCGAGACUCCCACGAUUUUUCUGCCCCGAGGUACUGGGCUCCAUUUGUUCUGAUUGGUGAUGAUGUUAAGAUUGAAUUGAAGAAAAACCUUGAGGAAAUCGUAAGUAGAGAGUUUUUAUUACUUUUUUUCUUGCUUUUCUUUAUUAAGGGUCCUAGAAAUAGAAGGCUGAAGAAUAAAAGUCUGAACUAUUAUUUUCAACUCGAAAUGUAAGAACAUUGGCAGACUUGAUAAAUACUGGUAAAAAGAGAAAUAUAUACACAAUAAGGAUAGGUGUGGUAAGUAUGUACCGUUAAUGGAUUCACACAAUCACAUGUUAUUCCUACCAAGCAAAUCGUUUAGAAAUCAUUCAAACACUAGAUAACCCUUAAUUUUCUCAAUUCUUAAUUAAUUUAGGGACAAUACAUAUGAAAGAUACAAUUUGCAAUAAGCUACCAUCGUUUUCUUAGAGUACUGUCUAGCUCUAUAUGUUGACCAAUAAUUAACAGCUUCAUGAAAAACAUCAUGUCUAAUAUAUUAUUUGCCAUUUUUCACAUCAUCAUUCACCUCAAUUGCUACUUUCUUUACAGGGAUGAGCUGAAAGUUUGAUGGUCAACACAACUGCUGAGAUAGCGUGUAUAUAUCUGGAUUUCCCCAAAGAAAGGAGUUCGUUAUUUAAUAGAGGAAUGUCCUCAAUGGGGCUUUUGGUAAAAAAGCGUGUUUUCAUUUCAAUCACUUUUUCAGAAGAUAUUGACUAGAGAGAUUUAGAGCCACGCUAACGGCGAAC